AUGACGACCGAUCAGACAAAAAGUCAGUCUCGAUUCGUCUAUCUAGACGGCCCCGGCGACUGGGAAGUCUGGGAACAAGACUUCUUGAGCAAAGUCAAGCUCCAACGCGUCUGGGACCAAGUCCAGGGAACGAAGCCCCUGAGGAAAGAACCGAUAUGCCCGGAACCCGAUCAGGGCUACGCAACCCGAGCGAACGCGGCCCGAGGCGCGCAAUCCGCGACAGACUCGACAAUCACCGUAGCUUCAGGCUCUCGACCGAUAUCCGUGGCGGAUCUCACCGACGGCGGCCGCACUCGAUUCAACGAAGACAUGGCAACCUACAUCCGUCUGGAAACCCUCUACGUGCAAGAAGCGAAGGCCAUGGCAGAAAUCGGCGAGUUCGUCAUCAAGACCGUCAACCCGAAGUAUCGACGGACCUGCUGCAAAGCAGAUGACUCGAUCUCCCAGUGGUACAUCAACCUGAAGAAAGAGGUGGGAGCCACAACCGAAUGGGGAUACAACAAAGCCAGCAACGAUUACCACGAAGCCCUCAAGCCAUUAGCGAAAAUCAAGGACUAUGAGACCUUCAUCGACAAAUGGGAAACGGCAUUUUCCGUCGCCAACGACAAGGGAGUCGCCGAGACGCUCAACUACCUCUCGUGGUCGCGGGAUUUUUUCCGAUCCAUCAAGAACGUUCCAGAGGCUAUCGCGUGGGGAAUAUCAUACCGUCAAACCAAAGGGCAAGACUUCCAAGAAGGGAAGCUCACGUAUCGUGACUUUGCGGUGGACUUUCGCAACGAGAUGGGCCUGGUCGCGCCCACAACAAUGCACAAAAAGAUUGGGAGAGGUGCAUUUGGACCUACCUACGCGGAUCAGGAGGCCAACGACCAAAACGCAGAAGGCGCAUCCAGAGGGCGGGGAGGACGCACCCGUUCAGGCAAGAAACGCACGCGAGACAACCGAUCGUUUUCGUCGAAGUGCAUGCUCUGUGACGUCCCGGGACACAAGAUCGAGGAGUGUUUCUUUCUGUCCCAACAAGCCCCAACCUGGUUUAAGCCAACGGAUGAGAAAAGAGAGGAGAUUGAAGCUCGCAUUGAAGAAGAUGUGAACAUCAAGAGGAUUGUUCAAGGCAUGAGGGGCAAGCGCCCUAGGACAGGAACCAGAUCGGGAAGCAGCCGAUCAGCGUCCGAAAGACUCACCAAACAAGAAGGGACACCGGUUAUCGAGGAUUGA